GCUGCCGAUAUAGUCGCUUCAUACUCGAGCGAGGAUCCGUCAGUGGAGCCUUGAGACUAACUUCGUAUGAGCAGUCGAUGAUGGGAGCAUCUCUGUCGAGCGGUGAUGCAGCGAACGAAGGAGUGUUGCCAGUGACGUGGACGGAACAGCAGGAGCAGCUCACGGCCAUCCCAUGUAGGCACACUCGCUCGCAGAGAGGAGAAGUUGGCUCGACAAGAAGACGACAGCUGCGUUCGAGUCCGCUCAGAAAUGCCGAUCUGCACAGACCCAGACGGUAGCCUGGCUGACUAUCGAAUGAGGGGAACCAUCUGUCCCAUGGUGAUGAGGCGAACUUGUGCUGCCCAUGACGCUUGGAAUGCUCUACUGCAUACGGGCUU